AUGACCCCUAGAGUUGAAGAACCAUCAUUAGAUUCUGAAGAAAUAAGCAAUGACAUUACUCUUCAAUUAGAAGUUGAUGAUGGGGCAGAGUCUAUAGAUGAUGAUGAUUCCAGUACCAUCAGUCACCUUGACCCUGAUGAUGAAAUGGAUAUAAAAGAAGAACCUGACUCUGAGGAUUACACACCACAAAACUCUAGAUCCGUCCCUCAUUCAGAUAGCAGCCCCGUCCACCCUGUAACUAGUAAAUGUAUUGAGUCGGGGGGAGAUAAUCUCUCCCACAUAAUCACAAAAGUGAAACAAGAACCUGUUGACAGUUAUUCUGAUUGUCUGGAUUCUGUGAUACCAAGUGAUAUAAUUGAAAAAACCACGGAGGUACUAGAAACAAUAAAAACAGAACCAGAUAGCAAGUCCGAGAGUGACACCAGGGGACCGAGGACUUCUAGUGCUAAACCAACUCGAUCAAUUUUUCCGUUUGUCAGUAUACAGAAAGUUCCUCAAAACAAUGUGAUGUUUGCACAACAGUUUUUUAAGUCGGUGAUUCCUAGUGCUAAUGUUGUAUCUUCAGCACUACCUCUAACAGUAAACCCAGACUCAGGUGGAAAUAAGAUGUCUUUCCCAUUAAAGGUGGUAGAAGCUGGACCUUCUUUACAUCUAGAAAACACUUCUUUACCUCAAACAAUGAAUGUCAAUCCACAGAAACUAACCCCAACAUCUGUUGCAAUGGCAGCUAACUUUACAGUGUUACCAAAUUUAGUUCAGAAUAGUUUUAUAUCACCACAACCUUUGAUUGUUUCUCCAGCACAAACUGUUCAGUUGCUGACAGGCAGUCCGCAGGUUACAACAGGAAAACAGCAGGUGUCAACAGGAGCACAACAGCCUACAACAGGAGCUCUGCAACGUACAAUAGGAGCACUACAGCCUACAAUAGGAGGACAUCAGCCUACAAUAGGAGGACAUCAGCAUACAAUAGGAGCUCUGCAGGCUACAGUAGGACAGCAACCUACAAUAGCAGCUCUGCAGCCUACAAUUGGAGUACAGCAACUUACAGUAGAAGUACAACAGCCUAUAUUGGGAUUGCAACAGAUGAUUUCUCCAAAAGAAGAGGAGCUUAUUAAUAAAAUUUAUAAAGAGGAAGACAAGAAGUCUGCAGAGGAAAGUUUAGGCAAUGGGGGAUCACUGAAGAGGUCACUGACAGAGAAAGAUGAUGGGCAGGGCACCAGUAAAAGGUUUGCCCUUACUGCCAUGAAGGAAACACAGAAAGAAGACGGUGAUCAGUCCAGGACAUGUCAUAAUGUUAGUGGGAAGCUUGAGGAUCCUGGAGAGUCAUCCCCCAGAGACCUCUACAGGGCACUUCAAAAGUAUAUCACAGGAGGAAAUCAAAAGUCUCCAAGAAGUAAACCAGACUAAAAGUGCUACACUGUUCAUUGUCUUAGGGCCACCACCCUCUCGACUAUGAAUUAAUCGGUCUUAGAAAAUCGUCAUUAUGUAUACUGGCGGUCAUGACUAAAGCCUAUAUAUACAUGACUGUGAUAAUGAAGAUGUCAGUACCUAUUGAUUGGCAUGUUCCCAUUGGACAGAUACUACAUGUACUUGUAUUGGGUGUUUUACCAGAGGUGGACAGGUACUACCUGAACUCGUUCAUUGUGAAUUCUAGUGAAUCAUCCUGAUAUAUUGGAAUGAUAAAGGAUGCUAAGAUUGCGCUAACUGGCAACAAUGUGAUCAAAUUACAUUCUACAUUGUUCAAUUUACAUUGUUCAAAUUGACCACUCCUUUCUCAGCUGUGAUAGGUCUUCUUAAAGGCUUGUAGUCUUUAAUAGAUGUGAAUAGCAGAUGUACAUGUAGCCAAUGAAAAAAGUUGUCAUAUUUACAGAUCUUUCUAGCCAUAUUCAG